AUGACACUGUUCAAGAUGAUGAAGCUAUUUGGUUGUUUAUUUCUGUUUGUCCUCGCCUCUAAAGCGGAAACAAAGAACGAAAGCUGCAAAGACAUGCUACAGGGUUAUCUGACGGGACAACUAUCUUCUGUUCUUGGGAUACAUCAGAUUGAAGCUUUAAAGCGGGAAUUUAAAACAUUUACCCAGAUGACCGAUCAAUCUAUGAAAGAAUUCAAGGCACAGGUGACAUCUGAUGUAAAGAAUGGAAGAUCAGGUGGUGUUGUCUACACGAGAUGGGGAAAGAAAAGUUGUCCUAAAACAGCUGACCUUGUUUAUUCAGGCUUUGCUGGGGGAUCAUACUACACUCACAAAGGUGCAUCAGUUAACCCUCUUUGUUUACCAACGGAUCCUGAGUGGGGAGUUUACAAUGACAGAGUUGAUGAAUGGAGUGCCUAUAUGUAUGGAGCGGAGUAUGAAACAGUAACUAUUCCUGAUAACAGAGUAGCAAAGCUUCACAACGAGAAUGUACCGUGUGCUGUAUGCCUUCUGCGAGAUAAAUCCAUUGCAAGAGUCUUUCCAGCCAGAAAAUCCUGUUACAAAGGUUGGCGGUUAGAGUAUGAUGGCUACCUUAUGGGCGGUCUUCAUAAACACAAUGCUGGAUCAAUGUACACGUGUGUGGACAGAAAUCCAGAUAGUGUACCGGGUGGCAGUAGCAAUCAAGAUGGCUACCUCUUCUAUGCAGUGGAUGCGCGUUGCGGAUCUUUGAAGUGCCCUCCUUAUGUUGAAGGACGGGAAUUAACAUGCGCUGUUUGUUCGGCACCAUAA